GACACUGACCUGUACUUGAUUGUAGGGGGACUCGUCUUCUCUCUCUUCUCAUCUCUCUUCUCCACCGUUUUUGUUGGUUCUUUGUCGGAUAGUUCAGUGCGGAGAUCCCUGUAUCCGGUUGGUGGAAUUGAAGCCUCAGAUCUGAGCGCUGCGAAUUUUAUCGCCUUUCUUCUUCAUCUGCGAGCAAUGGACGGCGAUGGUAGCUUGAACUCCCCCCUGUUAAUUCGGAGCUGGGAAGAUGAGAGUGCCAAAGAGUUGGAGUUUGCAGAUGGGCCCAAAUGGAGGAAGGAAGAUGUUUUGGGGGAGUUGAAGAAACAGGUUGCACUGGGUGGACCUUUGGUUACAGCAAACUUGUUGCAGAAAUGCAUGCAGAUUGUUUCAGUUAUGUUUGUAGGGCAUCUUGGUGAGCUCCCUCUUGCUGGUGCUUCCAUGGCUACUUCCUUUGCUAAUGCCAUAGGCUUCAGCGUACUGUACGGCAUGGGAGGUGCGCUCGACACGCUAUGUGGACAAGCUUAUGGUGCGAAACAGUAUCAUAGGGUUGGUGUACAUGCACAAAGAGCUCAGUUUAUAUUCUUAAUCAUUGGCAUUCCCAUGUCUCUUAUAUUGUAUAACACAGAAAAGAUCCUACUAGCAGUUGGGCAAGAUUCACAGCUGUCGAAAGAAGCAGGCAGUUAUGCUACAUGGAUGAUCCCAGCCCUCUUUGCUUAUUCUCUCCUUCAAACCCUAACCAGGUUCCUCCAAACCCAAAAUGUUGCUCUUCCAAUAAUGCUGAGCACUGGUAUUACUUCAUUGCUUCACCUCCCAAUUUGUUGGGUUUUGGUUUUGAAGUCUGGUUUAGGAAACAAGGGUGCUGCUCUAGCAAAUUCAGUCUCCUAUUUCUUAAAUGUCAUACUACUCUCAUUGUAUGUGAAGUUCUCUGCUUCUUGCGUGAAGACUUGGACUGGUUUCUCGAUGGAAGCUUUUCAGGACAUUGCACAAUUUUUUAGGCUUGCAAUACCUUCCACCGUAAUGGGCUGUUUGGAGUGGGCCUCUUAUGAAAUAUUGAUCCUUCUGAGUGGUCUUCUUCCCAACCCAAACCUUGAAGCAUCUGUGCUGGCAAUAUGCCUGAACACGGAGGCAUUGACUUUCACUAUACCUCAAGGUCUUGGUGAUUGCAUAAGUACCCGAGUUUCAAACGAAUUAGGUGCUGGAAAUCCACGUCGUGCAGUUUUUGCUAUUCGGGUUAUAUUGCUCCUUGUUAUACUAGAUGGCUUACUAGUUGGUGCGAUCAUUUUGUUGGUACACAACUUUUGGGGAUAUUUGUAUAGCAAUGAACAAGAAGUUGUAGACUACGUUUCAAGGCUGACACCAUUGCUUGCGAUUGCUAACAUCAUGGAUGGAACCCAAUGCAUGCUUUCAGGCAUUACGAGGGGUUCGGGUCGGCAAAAAUUUGGAGCUUUGGCUAAUUUAGGCGCUUAUUAUGGAGUGGGGAUUCCCAUGGCCAUUGUUUUAGCCUUUUUCUUCAAUAUUGGCACGAAGGGUCUUUGGAUGGGAGUCAUUUGUGGGAGCUUUGUGCAAGGUCUAUCACUUUUUAUCAUGACAAUAUCUGCCAAUUGGGAACAAGAAGCGGGGAAGGCAACUGAUAGAGCAUUUCACUCAAGUAUUCCAGUAAUUAAUACAUCAUAAGGCCAUGUGACUGCAAUGUCAUACAAGUGCUUGUAUAGAGUCUAUGGAUGCAGAGCAAAGCCAGUUGUUCAAGAUGAUUUUGAAUAAAAAAAUUUGAUGCAUUAAAUUGCGGCGAUAUUAGUUGUUUUAAAUUUGUACAGUUUUUGUAGAAAUUACUCAAUUUAGUGGAAUAUGUAUACGCAAGAAAAAGGUUCAGCCAGAUCUUCAAGUGGAGCUUUUGCUUUAAUGUAGUAAAAAUGUAUUUACCAGUUCAACUUAGUAUUGAAGCUUGGCUUAUAGUGUAUCAAGAAAAUAAAUGAGUACCAAUGAAAAAGAAAAU